CGCUGGAUGAGGAGGAGCGGAGAAGGGGAGCGGGAGACGCCGCUGAGGGGAUUCGGGGGACAUGGCCGAGGUUCCGCCCGGGCCUAGCAGCCUCUACGCCCCGCCGCCGGGAGACGCCGCCUCGCUCCUCUCGCCCUUCGCGGGGGCCACCGCCGAGGAGGAGGAGGAGGAGGAGGAAGAAGAAGAGGGCGGCUGCGGGGCCCAGGCCGGGCAUGAGGGCGAGGGCAAGGGGGACCCCCCCUGCCGCCCCCUCCGCCGCCGGCCCUGCCCGCCCCACCGGCGCAACCACCAGCUCAACGGGCUCAUCGCGGCGCCGCCGGACCUGCGGCACCUGCGCACCUCCCUCAAGGGCAAGGUCCUGAACGACGAGGGCGGCAAGGCCAUGGGACACGGGCGGCAGCAGCAGCAGCCCCAGCGGGACGACGGGGGCCAGGGAUCGCCGCCGCCGCCUCCCCCCUCCUCGCUCAGCAACCACCACCGGGUCCCCCGGCCCCAGGCAAGGACUGCACAGCCCCAGCAGCGCCCCCACCACUGCCCCCAGGCUGCUGCCCCCUCUGCCGGGGCCAGGAACGGGGUGGCUGGCGGGGAGGAGGAGGAGGAGGAGGAAGGCGAGGAGCAGGAGGGGGGCGGGGAGGAGGAGGAGUCGCUGCUGCUCCUCUCCAGGUCCCUGGCCUCCAGCUGCAACUUGCAGAAAGGCUCCACGGGCCCCCCCACGGACUCUUCCUGGGCCCCACCAGAGGAGGAGGAUGCGACGGGGGACCUCACGAUACGAUACGUCCGCUAUGAGUCUGAGCUGCAGAUGCCCGAUAUCAUGAGACUGAUCACCAAAGAUCUGUCUGAACCCUACUCCAUUUACACAUAUAGGUAUUUUAUCCACAACUGGCCUCAGCUUUGCUUUUUGGCAAUGGUAGGAGAUGAGUGCGUAGGUGCCAUUGUGUGCAAGUUGGAUAUGCACAAAAAGAUGUUUCGCAGAGGUUAUAUAGCCAUGUUAGCCGUGGACUCCAAAUACAGAAGAAAAGGCAUAGGUACAAACUUGGUUAAGAAAGCUAUUUAUGCCAUGGUAGAAGGAGAUUGCGAUGAGGUUGUCUUGGAAACCGAGAUCACAAACAAGUCCGCGUUGAAACUUUAUGAAAAUCUUGGCUUUGUGCGAGACAAGAGGCUGUUCAGAUACUAUUUAAAUGGAGUUGAUGCACUGCGUCUUAAACUCUGGCUGCGUUAAUAAGAGGCCGUCGAUUGCACCGAGGACUCAUCUUCCCAAUGACGCGGCAGCAGCGGUGUCCUUUCGCAUGCAAUGCAAUUUGUGUGGAAUUGCUUUGCAGGUGGACAUAAUUAUUUCCAUGCAGCUCUUCUUCUCUGUGAGUGUCUCCAUCGAGCGUCGCACCUCAAAUCGUUGCACUGUGGCAUGGCGCGUUUUGUUCUGAAUUUACAACCGAUUGUUUCAGACUCCAGGUCCUUUGAAUAACCAGGAAGAUGUGCCAGUAGGUAGCCAAGAUCCGUUCUUUUUUGUUCGCAAGUCUACUGACUCCUGUUACAUAAAACGGUGAACACUCUUAUCCAAGAACCUGUGUAUGUGGAACACAUUUUUUUUUUUUGUUCCAGGGAGAAAGGAAGUGAGAAAAAAAAAGCCAAUGUAGAUUGUAAAAUUCUAUAAGUAUACUAACAUUUCAUACAAAAUUCACCAUAGUUUUUUUCUGGGGAAAAUUUUAAAAAAAGGCUUCAACUUUUAGGUUUUAUUUUUCAAUAUGAACUUUCCAUUCUUAAAUAUUGGUACCUCAGUGAUUAGUGAAUGAAAAACUGUAUUGUAGAGUGGGGUGUGUGUUACAUUGAGUACCGGUAACAAUUUUAAAUUGCGUCUGCCAGUGCCUGUGUAGAUACGUAUAUUUGUCUUCACUGCUAAGUUUUUGAGUGCAUGCUUUUUUUCUUUUCUUGAUUUCUUUUUGUCUUUGCAAGAACGGCUUUUAUUUAAAUUCUGGAUUUGAGAAUAAAUUAUUUCAGACUUUAUAAUUUGGAUACUUCUCCCAGAUGAAGGCUUAAAAAGUUCUUCUCUUAUAGCAAGAAGUGGGAAAAAUCUCGUGUAGCUGCUAAAAGGGAGCCUGAUGCACUUUUUUCCUUUAACAAGAGUGAGGGAUCUUUUCAAAGAGAAAACAGCAAAUUAGUGUAAAUCAGGUUGGGUUUUUUUUAUUUAAUCAAAAUGAUCAUUAGAAUAGCUAAAGAACCAUUUCUGAGCAGUUGGAACAAUACGAUUUUGAUUUGGAUUCACGUUGCUUUGCUUCUGUGUUCUAAAAAAUGCUUUGGUCUUCAGUUCUUGGCGCAUCCAUUUUUAAGCUGCUUUUCAUUUUCUCCUUCCACAAAAGCCAAAACUCUUGCAGUUUUCAAUUUCUUUCUGAAAAAUUUGGCAGGGGUGUAUCUGAGGCUGGAUUUGAACUCCCCCCCCCCCCUUCAGAUGGGAUCUGUGUAGGCUUGUUAAAAACAUUUCCCCCCCUCCCCAGCAGUUACACAGUGUGUACUUCUGUCUGUCAGUGCAAUAUGUAAAACAAAUCACUUCUUCUGACGGUUCAGCAAUGACAGCAUUGGUAUAUGUAAUCUAUAUAUAAAAGCAAAAAAAAAAAAUCCUAAGUGACUCAUGGAAAAUUGCUUCCUUUCUAUUGGGAGGAAAAUCUUCAGAAUUCAACUUUGCCUUACUACGUUGUCUGUUAGGGAUUCAACUUGUCAUGUUGUAAGAUGAUGGAAGUCGCUGUACCUUUGGGAGGACCUCGCCUCCCAGUCACACGUCAGAGAUAUAAAAGACCCGUUCUGGACAGCUUAAGUUUGUAAGGAAGGCCAUCCUUAUUUUGCACAGACUGAGCAUCUCCCCCCCCCCCCCCACUAUGUAUAAGUUGUGAAUUGUAUUUGGGAAAAAUAAAGGAUUUUAAUUUAAAACUGACACUGCUCUCUGGACGCUGCUUACAUGGUUGGUUUCUCUCCUUCCCGCUCCUUUAUGCUUGAAUCCCUUGCUCUACGGCCUGUAAAGACCCCUGUGAGCAGAUCCUCAGUGGCACAUAGCUUCUUGCAAAGUAUCUCCAUGCCUCGUUGUCCAUGCUACACUACUUUUGAGUAAACAUAUUUCACAAUUUUAACUGUACAUGAAAAAGUGAGCUGUUAUCUAAAAAUCUACU